AUGUCCAAAAUUCUACUCUGCUUGACUUCUCUUUUGCUCUUUGAUGAUGCCGUGGCGGACAUGGUUUUUGCACGAAGGGUGACCCUGAGUCCUGGUCUCCUGCACCUGUUGUGGACGCCAGGGCAAGAGUACCUGAUGCUCAGGGUCGAGGUAAAAACUCAGGGUUAUUUCGCCAUCUCAUUCGGCAGUGUCCACGGUGACGCUAAAGACACGCAGGACGCCUUGCUAGGAUGGACCGACGACGCUGAGGUUCUUCUUCAGGAUGCUGUGGUGCGGCGAGACGGCAUUGUCAUCUCGGACAAAACCAAUGACUAUGAAUUACUUGAAGGCGCGAGAAAUGAGAGUGACUUUUUGAGCGUGACAGUCCAGCGAAAAUGGAGUACCUGCGACCAACUUGAAGACAUGCCACUGGGGGCAGGUAGCGUUCUGGUGAGCUGGGCCGUCUACUCGAGCACGCCAGACAAUUUGGAGGAAUUCGCGAGAUUGGAAGAAGGCGAACGACACGGCUCGCAGGUUGUGAUUUUCAACGCGCCGCCUCCGCCUCUGCCUCCCACUUCGGGACUCAGGGUUUGGCCCGUUAUGCUGCCAAAGAUUCGCGUGUCAAGCAACUCGAGCUUUUUGCGUUGGUGCACAAUGUUCCAGGCGCCGGAAACGAAAAAUAAGCACUGGAUUGUUGGAGCUAAACCAGAGAUAAAUCACCCCGGAAAAGUAAAGAAGAUCAUUAUUUAUGAAUGCAGAACGGAAACCGUUGAGUCUGGACCUUUGGCUCCAGGACAAGCUGGGCGCGCAUGUAACACUCCGGACAGUGUGCCCAAUGUCUGCAACACGAUCGCAUUAGUUUGGACACCUGGAAAUAUUGUGAUUAUGUUCCCCAAAGACGUUGGCAUUCCAGUCAGUCUGAAUUCAGGAGGAACAGACUAUUACCUCCUGCGAGUUUUUUAUUCACUAAGCGACUCCUCAGAAGUAGUAAUUGACAGCUCCGGUCUCAAUGUACUUCUGACGAGUAAAAAGCCAAAACAUCAGGCGUCGUUUCUGCAAAUAGGGCUUGACCCUGACGCACUUCUCGUCCUGCCGCCCAGACAACCGGCAGUUAUCGUCCGCGGCUGGUGUUUCCAGCAAUGCCUGAGCAAUUUUUUGCAGGCUGUUCAAAACCAAGAAAUAAACUUGGUGUCCGUUUUGUUGAUGGGGCAAUCUGCUUUAAGGAAAGUUGUGCUCCGGCAUUUGCACGAGUCUGAGGAACUAGCUCCUAUUGUCAUAGAGUUUGGAUUUCAAAGUGAAAGCCAAGAGGUGCGAUUUUUAGACCCAAAAAGAAGAAUCAACGCUGCUUUUGAUAAUUUGAUAUUGGAGUGUGAAUUUAAUACACAGGACAGAGACAGAACAACUUUGGGCGGUGAAAAUUCUGACGAUGAGACUUGCAUGGGUUAUGUGCUUUACUAUCCUCGGACGGCUCUUUCGUCGUGUUUUUCACAGACGGUUUCGACGAGGAUUCUGGAUUUGUUGGAGCUGAAAAACAAAACUAAUGACAUCAGCCAAGACUUUCAAAUAUUGUCCGAACCGAAAAUUUUGGAUGCGAUCUUAAACUUUGACUGGGGUGCAAAGAACAUUUCGAGCAAAAUCGAAGCCCUCCAAAGAGAACUUAUGGUUCGAUCGACCAAAGGAAAGUGCGUCAACACAUUUGGAGACCAGAUCGGAUCACCUUCAAGAUCUCUGUCAUUUUACCAAGAACAACUAGUGGCUUUGAGCAAAAUCACCAGAUGCGGGAUUUGGACGAAUAAGGCGCAGGGACACGAGAGACAGAGGAGCGGAACUGUGAAGAAAUUCUUGCCUAUAUUUGCAAUUUUCGUCUUCACAGUAAUUUUAGUUAGCAUUUCAUAA